CCUUGCGCUAGCUUAAUCAUUGGGCGCUUAAUUGGAUUUCGCAAUGUUACCCGUGACACUCCUCAAGGCUGCGACGAAUCUUCCUAUGCUUGUUGAGUUGAAAAGUGGUGAAACAUAUAACGGUCACCUUGUUGCUUGCGAUGACUGGAUGAACAUUCAUCUUAAAGAAGUUAUUUGUACAUCUCGAGAUGGGGAUCGCUUCUGGAAAAUGCCAGAGUGUUAUAUUCGUGGAAGCAUAAUAAAAUAUUUACGGAUCCCAGACGACGUAAUCGAUAAGGUUAAAGAGGACUUGCAGCUAGCCAAAAUGCGUAAUCGUUCUCAAUCUGCAGACACUGGGCGUGGGAGUUUUCAUAGGAAUAAGGCUAGAGCGGCUCGUCUUUGGUGGAAAUUCGACUGUAUCUAAACGUUCUCGAGUCACUGUCCGGUUGAAAAUUGUAUGUUACCACCGAAUAUGAGUACUGAAGCAGUUUUUCUGAAACCACGUGCACCAUUCAAACUGGCUGCCUUCAACGUUCGCACACUAGUGCAGGUCAGACAACAGAUAGGGCUGGCUGUCUUUGGAAAGUCUUAAUAUUGAUGUUUGUUGUCUAUCCGAGACCCGUAUUCAAGACUCUGGCGAAGUACUACAAAUUCGAUCUCCAUCUGUCGCUUCAAAAAGCUUGUUUUACGUGCGCUUAUCCGGGGACCCUGUGUCAUCUUCGUCUGGUCUUGCUGGCGUUGGUGUCGCACUAAGCGCUAGAGCUGAGGCAGCACUAAUCGAUUGGAUUCCCAUUAACAGUCGGUUAUGUACUGUUAGAUUAGAGAGUUCCAUCGAAGUGAGAGGAAAUCGGCGUGAGAAACGAUGUCUUUUCGUCAUCUCCGCCAAUGCUCCGACGGGUUGCAGCCCGGAUGCAAUCAAGGAUGAGUUUUACCACCAGCUAUCUGUUCUUCUCCAGAAAGUGCGUUCGACAGAUAUUGUAGUACUAGCCGGAGACUUUAAUGCUCAGGUCAGGCGUCCAGGCACAGAAGAGAGUCGUUUAGGUGGUCGAUGGGGACUUGUUGGUCGCAGGUCAGAUAACGGGGACCGUCUACUGCAACUUUGCACAGACCACAACCUGUUUCUGGCUAGCACUAACUUUCGGCACAGUCAUCGCCGAUGUGCCACCUGGCGUCCUCCCUCUGUAUCUCAAGCCUGGACUCAGAUUGAUCACAUCGCGAUCAGCUUCCGCUGGCGUGGUUGUGUAUAAGACUGACGCUCCUUUUGGAAUACCUAUCUGGACUCCGACCAUGCCUUGGUCUGCGCCAAUCUUGCCUUACUUUUCGGUGGCCAACGAAGUGACCGCCACCAACGGAUUGAUGUUAGCAAGUUGGUUGCAACUUCUGUUGCAAAUAAGUAUCGAACCGAGCUAGCCUCUAGGCUAGCUACCACUCCACCGAAAAGUAUAGAUGAGCAUUGGUUGCAAUGGCAUGACGCCAUGAAAAUGGCGGGUACAGUCAGUUGUGGGUUUGCGAAACGUCCCGCUUAUAAGCACUGGGUUUCUUCAGGCUCCUUACAACUCAUUGAAGCCCGUCGGUCUACUCCGGGUGACCGUGAGUUUG